GACACGUUUUACACGCCGGUUGAGGAUGAUGGUGAAGACAAAUCGUGUUGUGUUCCUCCACAUCACACCUGCGAUGUUUCAUAUAAUGUAGCGUCAGAGGCUCACGGAGACUUCGCUUGAUUACUGUAAUUAUUUGAUGUCGGCCAUCUGGUACUCUCUGAGCUAUUGAUAUUGUUUCCAAAAAAAAAAGCAGGAUUUGUGUACAUCCUUAAUUCUGACUGGACUUCAGAUGGGAACUACUCCACAGGAUACAGUAUCCUCAACAGAUUAAUAAAAAUAUACAGUAAUCAUCGACUUUCCUGUCACGAUUACUACAUACAGAGUGUUUAUGUUGCUGUUAAUGCUUAGUGGAGUAUGAGCUGUUCAUUAAAAAAACAUCUGGCUAUAGUAUUGCGUGGUGUUGCAGCUGGUUGAAUGAGAACCUGCUGCGCUCGUCCCAAGCCACACCCACCCCGUUUCAUCAUUAUGUCAGGCUGAUGUUCCACACUGUUUUCCUAUCUAACUGACUCAUUGCAGAGGAGAAAUGAGGUCUGAGCACAUCCGUGCAUAAUCGCGCUGACGAGAAUGCGUUUAAAAUCCCGUUUAUAUUUAACGUUGGUUGUCACGGCGGUGCAGUGUGGAGCAUUGCCUCAUCACAGCUCCAGGCUCCUCAGUUCGAUCCUCAGCUCAGACUGCUGUUCGUGUGGAGUUUUGUAUGCGCUUUCCAUGCCCUGCUGGGGUUCCUUUGGGUUCGUCAGUUUCCACCCACUUCUUACAAACAUGCUGGCGAAGUCAUGUGUAUGUCACAUGUGUGGGGCUCAUCUGAACCGGCUCCACUCAUGUCUCCACUGCGUCUUCUUCGGCUGCUUCACAAAGAAACACAUCCACGAGCACGCCAAAACCAAGAGACACAACUUGGCUAUAGACCUUCUGUACGGAGGAAUAUACUGUUUUGUGUGCCAAGACUACAUAUACGAUAAAGAUAUGGAACAGAUUGCCAAAGAAGAACAAAGGAAAGCGUGGAAAUUGCAAGGCAUUGGAGAGAAAUAUUCGACGUGGGAGCCUACAAAGCGAGAGCUGGAGCUGCUUCGACACAACCCGAAACGACGGAAGAUCACCGCAAACUGCACCAUAGGUCUGAGGGGUUUGAUAAACCUGGGCAACACAUGCUUUAUGAACUGCAUUGUCCAGGCUCUGACUCACACCCCACUGCUGAGGGACUUCUUCCUGUCCGACAGACACAAGUGUGAGAUGCAGGCCAACUCCUGCCUUGUGUGUGAGAUGUCCCAGCUUUUUCAGGAGUUCUACUCGGGCCAUCGCUCUCCCCACAUUCCCUUUCGGCUGCUGCACCUGGUGUGGACACACGCACGUCACCUGGCUGGCUAUGAGCAGCAGGAUGCACACGAGUUCCUCAUCGCAGCACUGGACGUGCUACAUCGCCACUGCAAAGGGGAUGACAACGGGAAGAAGGCCAACAACCCGAAUCACUGCAACUGCAUCAUUGACCAAAUCUUUACCGGAGGCUUGCAGUCAGAUGUCACAUGUCAAGUCUGCCAUGGUGUAUCAACAACAAUAGACCCCUUCUGGGACAUCAGUUUAGACCUUCCGGGUUCUUCCACUCCGUUCUGGCCACUCAGUCCUGGCUCUGAUGGGAGCGUGGUGAACGGAGAGAGCCAUCCAAGUGGAGCUACCACACUAACGGACUGCUUACGCAGAUUCACACGACCCGAGCACUUAGGAAGCAGUGCGAAAAUCAAAUGCAGUGGUUGCCAUAGUUACCAGGAGUCCACCAAGCAGCUGACAAUGAAGAGGCUCCCCAUCGUGGCUUGCUUUCACCUCAAAAGGUUUGAGCAUUCCGCAAAGCUCCGAAGGAAAAUCACCACGUAUGUCUCGUUUCCAUUAGAGCUUGAUAUGACUCCCUUCAUGGCCUCCAGUAAAGAGAGCCGGAUGAAUGGACAGUACCAGCAGCCAGUAGAUUCAUUAAACAAUGAUAAUAAGUAUUCUCUCUUUGCUGUAGUGAAUCAUCAGGGCACACUGGAGAGCGGCCAUUACACCACGUUCAUCCGCCAACAUAAGGACCAAUGGUUUAAAUGUGAUGAUGCAAUCAUCACUAAAGCCAGCAUUAAGGACGUGCUGGACAGUGAAGGGUAUCUGCUGUUUUAUCAUAAACAGUUCCUUGAGUAUGAGUAACCCCUAAAAGCAGAUGUUGAAGAUGGACACCUAAAACGAGAUGGACCAUUAGAGUGAAUGGGAUGGAGAAAGAAAACCAGAAAAGUAAAGAUGGCUGUCAGUCUCGCACAAGUACAGCUGGGAGCAGCAGAAGCAGCAAGAAAGUGCAUAAAUACCAUAAUUAUUCCUCGAGUAAAAUAAAUCGAAUAAGAAAUGAAAACCAAAUGCAUAGCUAACAAGCUGUGUCAGUCCACACUGAGCUACCAAGAUCUAUUUGGGGAGGGGGUAGAAUUGAGUGAGAAGUGAUCGAAGAUGGAGCUCCUUGUCCGUUCACACACGAAUGGAGAGGACGGAAAGGCCGUUUAUCUAGCUCAGCCUCAGUUUUCUGCCUUUUCCACACCUGAUUAUUCAGCUUUAGUUCAUGAUCCCUUUUCCUUGUGACCUCAGAAUGACAGAGCAUUUCAGUCACCACAGCCAGUGAGGAAUAAUGUUUCUGUUGUUAAGUGUGUUUCUUUUUCUGCAUUAAUUGCCUGAAAGCAAAUAUGAAAGAAAACCAUGUGGUACUAAAGGUUUUGUGGAAAUUGUUGAUAGUUUUUAUCCUCUGUGAAUUCAGUUAUGAAAUACUGUAUACCUGUAAGUCCUGCACAUGUUUCCCCCCGUGUGGAUGGGUGAAAUGAUGGAUUGUAUGAAAAGAGAUGGAGCGUGAAUAAGGUUGGCACAUUGUACACAUUGGUUCUCCUGAUUCUUUCUCUCACUGCAUUUCUGGGGGGGUUUUUUGUUUUUGUUUUUUUGAUUGAGGGCAGGGAAAUAUUGUGUAUAUAUACGUACAUCUAUUUUUAUAAAGACAUUGGACUCUUGUUUGAGAUACUUUCCCCACCCACAUCCUUGACUUUCUCAAAUCUCUGCUGUUUUUUUUUUUAUUAUUAUUUUUAUUUCAGGAAAUGCAGCUAUGUCUCUCACCUUUUUUUUUUUCAACUGAAAAUUUAGUCAUUGUUUGUUAAAUAUUGCAAGUUUGGAUGGCAAAGGCUUCUCGUCAAGGUUUGGGUGAUGCAUUAUGGACAUGUAAUGUUCUCUCAUGGUGCGUCCUGACAUGGCUUGAUUCAGCAGUGUUAGCCCUGCCACAUGUUGCUCGGAUUUUGUGCGUGCGUGUGUGUGUGAGAUGCGUCUAUGCAGUGUGUGUGCACGCGUGUGCUUGUGUCAUUUUAAGUCUGUGUGUGUGUGUGUGUGUGUGCGCGCGCAUGCGCGUGCGUACUGAAUCAGUACUUAAACUUGGCAUGCUGUCUAAACUGGAUUGUAAAAAACUUUGGGAGAGGAGUGAAUUUUUAUAAAUGUUAACCAUGUAUGUAUGUAUAGUAUGUACGUAUGUAUCAUAUGUAUGUAUAUAAAACAGAUGAAUGAAAAA